AUGAGUGGACACUCCACCACUAGUAACUCAAUAAAUGUCACUCUAACCUCCGAAGGACUCGUGGAUAGAUACAUCGCUACCUCGCAAUGCUCCAGUCUCGAUAACACGAACUCCUUGAAUGUCAACGUCACCGUAACCAAUCACAUCGUAAAGAUAGACGGCCUCGAUCCUGAUACCACCUGUGACGUCACCGUCAUCGCCGUCUUCCAUAAACUUAACAGUUCUGCUGCAUUGUUCCGUGGUCUCCGUACAAACGAAACAGCUCCUGGUCCAGUUGGAGAUUUAGUCGCCUUAACGUUGUCCUCUACAGCUGUUAGACUGACCUGGAACAAACCUAUAAACCCGAAUGGUGACAUCACACAAUACAGUGUACACGUCACCUAUCCUAAUGGAACAUGUGUACAACUUAUACAACUCCUGUUGACUGCCGGCAGAAUAGCAAUGACAGUAAGGAACAUUACACUAUUAACUACAACUUUACAAAAACAACAUUAA